GCGGAGCUCUGUCUUGAAGCUCUCAUGAAACAUGGCGGUCUUCUGGGUUUCCGGCGUUGCCAGAAGGAGCUUCACGUGGAUAGUCUCAGAGGCGCCACGCAGAGAAUUUUGGUCUCGAUUCAGAAAAGGGAAACAGCCAGUGGUGGCUGAGACAGUAGAAGAGGUGAAGAAAGAACCUAUUCUGGUGUGUCCACCCUUACGAAGCCGAACAUACAUACCACCCGAAGAUCUCCAGGGUCGUUUGGAAUCUCAUGUCAAAGAAGUUUUUGAUUCAUCUCUUCCUAACAAUUGGCAGGACAUCUCCCUGGAAGAUGUUCAUCUGAAGUUCAGCUUCUUGGCACGUUUAGCUGAUGACUUGGGCCAUGCAGUGCCUAACUCCAGGCUUCACCAGAUGUGCAGGGUCAGAGAUGUUCUUGAUUUCUAUAAUGUGCCUGUUCAGGAUAGAUCUAAAUUUGAUGAACUUAUUGCCAGUAAUCUGCCUCCCAAUUUAAAAAUCACUUGGGGUUACUGAGCAGUUUAAAGGAGGAACACGUUGAAAUAAUUUUUUUUCCACCUGAGAAGGGGGCUGCUUAUCAGACAUUUUGAUACUUUACCAUGUGAAAUGCUGUCAGAACUGGUCUGUAAAUCCACUUUUUUCUGUGGAAGGAUGUAUCAUCUCCUUUUUUUUUUAAUCAUCAUGAAUUGACAAAUAAGAUUUUCUUUUCACAUUUGCUGAAACUUUUUUUUUAAUGGAACCAGGUCAUUAAUAAUUUAUGAAAAUAUAUGUUACAUAACAAAUAAGGUAACAUUUAUAAAAGAAACAUAAAAAUCUGUGUUGUGUAUUGUGAAAGUUGUUUCACUAUUCGCUUUACUGU